AUAUAUUUACCAAAUAAAUCUGGCCGCCGAGCAUGGUGUGUAUUAUUUGGUGAAAGUCUCCGAAACGCAGACAAAAAAUGUUCGGAUUCGAACUGGGCGAGAAGCUGAUGUACGCCUUCCGCGGAUGGAUCGCCUUCGUCGCCUUCAUGGAUUUGGGAACCGCCUUCCGCUGCUUCAUCGACAAACGCACCUUCCUCGACGACGCCAUCGUCGUCGGGGCCAACAACACCAACCAGCAGGCCACCACCGGGGAACAGGAUCCUGCGUUAGCACGAAUCGUAGGCGCCUACGCGAUUAUGAAGGCUGUGAUUUUGAUACACUGCGCUCUAUUCAUCCACUACAGGCCUUUAAUCAGUGUGGCGAUUUUCUCUCUCAUUCUAACGGUGCUUGUACAUUUGACCGAGUGUUUCCUCUUCCAAACUGCGCCCUUUGGCUUCUACGUCAUCUUUCCGGGACUUCUGAACAUGAUCACUCUGAUCGGGCUUUCCCUGGCGCCGCGCUAUCUGCACAGAGUGGAUGAGCUGGUCAAAUCCUGUGGCGAAGACGAAAACGCAGAACUCCUGAGACAAGCCGGCGUCAUGCGACGCAAAAGACACCACCGCAAGAACCAAUAAUAAAUAACCCCGCUGCAAUUACACAAAUAUUCAACUGAGGCCAAAAAACAUGUUCAAAUUACAUUUCUUACUUAGGGCAACUAGGCAACGAUAUAGAUAGCAUUUUGAUUUGUUUUACUUUUCACAAUUUAAAUGGACCAUUCGCAGUUUUGAUAUUACCUCGAAUUUCCUGCUGUUGCGAGUUUGAUGUAGUUUAUUGCCUAGAAAAUCGGUGUUUUUGUACUUUUGCCGAAUAAAUACAUAGUGCUAAAUAAUGAUUCCUUACGAGUAAAUAUAACCAGAUUUUUAUUUGUGUG